GACCGGUGCCGAACAAGUCGUCGUGGGGUGUACGCACAGCAUAAUGGAAAAAGUUUAAUCUGUUCAAUAGCCGGUGAAGUCACCUCGACAACAAUCGUUUCGCUUGUCUCACGUGGUAGCAGAAUUGGAAGAUAUGAAUAUGGCGAGCAGGAAGACAAUUAAAAAAUUGCUAACUUUAUGUAUGUUGAAGUUGGUUGUUGAAUUUGUGCGGUGUAAUAAAGAAGACUUUCAAAUGAUUAACCAGUACGAAGAAAUGGAGAAACACGAAAAUUAUUCACGAAUUAGUUGGUACGUUGCAAGUGAGCGCAGUACGGUAGAAUGCGGUGGAGUUUUCAAAAGACUGCAGAAUGAAAUAUUAUCGCCUGGAUAUCCUGAUAAAUACGGAGAAGAGCUACGCUGCGAGUAUACCUUCAAGUCACCGUUUGUUUGUAGCAGUCAAUACCAUUUCCAGUUCUUGGAUUUUGCGUUGGAGCCUUCCAGAAAUUGUUACAAGGAUCGCUUAGUGAUUGGGGAUGAGGAAAUUCUUUGUGGAACCGUGUUGGGUUCGAAGAUAUAUAACUCAACGGAUGGAAUUCUGAAGAUAAAGUUUGUGACUGAUGGAUGGGGUAGUGAUAGAGGAUUUAGGCUUCUCGUUACAAGACAGCCAUGUGAAGAUCAAGAAGCAACAGAAUCAUCAACUAGUUACAAUGUUUAUACCACGAUACAAGUGGCUGAAGAAACAACGGAUCCUCCUUUAAGCGAAGUCGAAGAUCAACAAACAAAAAAUAAAACAUUCAAAGUCAGUAGCCGUCAAGAUAUUCCGCCAGAAUUCAAUCCAAGUGGCAAUGGUUAUCUUCCUCCAUCCGGAAGCACCGCUCCUCCUUUCUAUCCUUCUACAAAUGUGUGUCCAACGUUUUGCAAUCCUUACCAAAAUUGUUAUCCGUAUAAUCCAGGAACCAACUAUCCCACAUAUCCGUCAUAUUCUUCAAACGUACCCGGUACAAUAACUCCCGUUUAUCCUAGCUACCCAGGAAACAGCUAUCCUACGUAUCCGUCAUAUCCCAAUAAUCCUACACCAAUAUCACCUACAUAUCCUAACAACUACCCCACUAGUCCCGUUUAUCCAGGAACUAUAACUCCCACAUAUCCUAAUCCAACCUGCCAAUACACUCCAUGUACCUCCGUAAAUCCAAUCAACCCCAAUUACCCCGGGUAUCCGACAUACCCAAAUAACCCUAAUAAUGGAGGGGGAACUAAUUCCAUCGGAGGUGCACCUCCUGGGUAUCAGCCUAACGUCCAAGAUCCAGAAAUUGAGCUUGCGGAAAAUGUUUCCUCCAGUAAACCCGAGCGCCAGGACAUCCCGGUUCCACCAUACCUACCCCCCACGCAGCCAGGUAUUGCUCAAUGCUGCCGCAACGUGUUUAACCAAAGACGCUUCUACUUGGUUAGUUCGAACUUUCCCAGCUAUGAAACAUACAACAGGGAUUGCGCCUACCAAAUCUAUCGAUACUCGCCCAACACAUGCCGAUUGGUUAUCAGCUUCAAAUACUUCCUGCUGGGAGAUGAUCGCCUGAACUGUGCCGAAGCUUUCUUAGAAAUCGACGGACGCCGCGUUUGUGGUUGUCGUUCCGGAAUGGUCUACACAACCCAAUGGAACAAUGCUCCCAAGUUUAUCCGCGUUCGAACCACUCGAAAUCGUUUCACGAAUGUUCAAGGCUUCGUGUUGGAUAUCUCUCAAGAGAGCUGCCCCUACCGAUACGUCCGAAGUGAGCCUUCGGUCCAGGAUCGUUCCGACAAUUUCCACGCACAGCAGCUAACUCCGGUGAACGUCACCACAGUCCAGACCAAUUCCAGUACAACGUACAGUUAUUAUUACUUUAACAUGGAACCAUCGGUUAAACUAGGACAAACCAAAGCAGCUUCCACCAUACGGAGUAAUCCUGAGGGCCCAUCAUCUAGAUUCUUUUAUCCGUCCAGCGGGCAGCCAUACGCAGCAUGUCAAUUCAAUGCACUCGAUUGGCUCAGGUUAAAGGUGGAAUCUCUCUGGGUUGCAAAACCGCUUUGCUAUUAGGAUUUAAAUCAACAGUAACACAAAUAAAUUAUAUAAUAAGUGUACAUAAAAUAAAAAUGUAUUCUAGUGAUAGGGAA